UCAGAAGUGAUCGUGAAGGAGGAGAGUGAAGAACUGAGUGAAGACGAGGAGAAACAUCAUGUCAAGAGUGAAGAGGAAACUCAUACAAACACUGAAGAUCAUUUUUCAGUGGACAGAACAGCUGUGACAUGUUUCACCUGCAUUCAGUGUGUAAAGAGUUUCAGUUGCAAAUACAAUCUCAAGAUUCACAUGAGGACCCACACUGGAGAGAAACCAUACAAGUGUUCACACUGCGACAAGAGAUUCAAUCAUUCAGGAAACCUGAAUUCACAUAAGAUGAUCCACACUAAGGAGAAAACACACAAGUGUGAUCAUUGUGGCAAAACAUUUCUGAGGCCUUACGAGUUGAAGAAACAUCUCAGACUUCAUACAAAGGAGAAGCCCUAUUCCUGUUCUGAGUGUGGAAAGAGUUUCACACAGCAGUCAUGUUUGAGAAAACAUCAGCAGAUCCACACUGGUGUGAGAGAGUUUGUGUGCUUUGAGUGUGGGGGAAGUUUUAUUCGAGCUGGAGACUUGAAACGACACCAGAUGAUCCACACUGGAGAGAAACCCUGCGUGUGUUCACACUGCAGCAAAUCAUUCAGAGAUUCAGGAUUGCUGAAAACACAUGAGAGGACUCACACUGGAGAGAAACCGUACACAUGUACUCAGUGUGGGAAGAGUUUCACCCGAUUAUCAAACCUUAACAAACAUGUGCUGAUCCACACUGCAGAGACAAAUUACAAAUAAACAAAACACAACAUUUUUUAAGGCUUCAAAGCUGAACAGACAUCUUAGAGUCUGUGUUUGUGCAUUAAGUGUGUGAAGACCUGAAGACUCAAGAACUGGAACUGCAGGAGAGGAUUCAGGCUGAAGAGAAACUGAGUUUUGGCCACUCGUCUAGUCUACUCAGACACGCAAACACAAUCAGUUUGUGUAAAGCUCCUCACCAGCUUUAGGAUGAAGAAACAUCAUCUGAAGUUUUGACAGCAGCUUCAUUGUGGGACUUACAGAUGGAGUUCCUCACCAAACAACAUUAUCUGAAGCUUUUAUUAUUGUAGUCAUCUGCAAUUUUGCCUCCUGCAGAGUUGGGUGUACGGCAUUCCACAGUAAUGUGUUACUGUAUUCUAAUGACAUUUUUGGGGAACUCAGUAAUGUAACGAAUUACAUUUUAACUGUGUGUGAUUUGAUUACAGUUACUGAAGUCUACUUAUAUUACAAAUAUAGCAUUAGAAGGAAAAAAUGCUUCUUUUAAAUCACGUUUUCCACUGCAAGCAUUCACUAUUAAAUUGCUGGAGAACGUGAGCUGAAAUGGCUGCUGACGAGAGCGGCUGCUUCUUCAAGUGGAAAUACAGACAUUACUUUGAUUUCAUUGAGCGUAAAAACUAAAAUAUUGCUGUGAAAGUCAGUCUAUGUCCAGUCUCUAAAGAGCUUUACGCUGCUUUUAACUUGACCAGCAGCUUGUUCGAGCACUUGAACAGAAAGCAAUCAACGACAAUAAUACUCAUCACCAAGGAGGACAUUAGCGCCCAAAAACACAGCGGAUUGGGAGUGAAGAUAUCUUCUGAAUGUGAAGAGAAACUUAGCUGCGUAUGGGGCUGUUCACAUAUCACGUCUUUUGCAUGAGCAAGUUCGUUAUUUAAAAUGAAGGUGUGCAGCUUACACACACACAUAUUUGGAGCGCAUAUUGCGCAUGCUCGCAACUGACCAAUCAGCUUCAUACUUUGUAUGAAAUAUACAUAUUUCGCUAGGCUAAUUACCUCAGACACGCACAGAAAACCCAAACACUGCAGUGCUUUUGCAUACUAUGAAUGUCAGUGGUUACAGGUGUACAGUUUUCCUCUAAAUGUCUUGUGUGUUAAAAAAAGACGAACUGGUUUGGAUCGAGUGAAUAAUGACAGUAUUGUAAGUUUUGUGUGAACGAUCUCUUUAAGUCUGGUGAAUACGUCAAACUGCUGUGAUUAACCCAUUGUAAUGUUUCUCAGUAAAUAUUAAAUUGCUGAAAGAGCUGCA